UUUGAAAUGAUGGAAAGGCCUAAAAUUUGGAAUGCUGUGGAAGUCUGGAUGUUCGUUGAUCCUGUUGCUAACAACGAUUGCGUCUCUGGACGCGAUGAUGGAGGAUUUUGUGGAGGAUGAAACGACGACGACCAGCGAUGUAUCAAUGAACUCUUCCACGGUGUCGUUCACAACGAUGCCAAGCUCGGAGAAGACGACGGCAACGACGGUGAAUUCGUCGAACAUUGUAAAAAAUCCGGACGAAGAAACUAUUCAAGACUCGUCCCACGCAUCCUCGCCUUCUUCUGACACCGUUUGGGAGUGUCCAAAUAUUACAAAAGCAGGCGUCGAGUGCUCUUGCGACUUUCCACACACGCUAAGAUGCACUGGUGAUAGAACCGCGUUGCAGACCAUCAGCAGAUAUCUGAGAUACAGUCGUCCAGGAACAAUAUCUCUGUUGGAUGUAACAGUGUCUGGGAUCUCCCUAUUACCAGCUCGUUUUUUGGAAAAUAUCGCCCUCCAUGGACUCGUGGUAUCCACAGGAGAAUUGAGACGUGUCCAUGAAAAUGCUUUCAUUGGUCUCAUAAGACCCCUUCAGGCGCUUGGAUUGCCGAAUAAUCUGUUGGAUUCCGUUCCAACAGCUGCUCUGUCGCAUCUGAUUGGAUUGGAAAAAUUGGAUCUGUCUCAGAAUAAACUGAAAACUUUAGAAGCUGACUCGUUCAAGGGCUUGUCAAAUUUGACGUACUUGGAUUUAUGCGAUAAUUUAUUGUCUCAAUUAUCACCGCAAGCUUUCGCCUCGUUGCCCUCGUUACGUUCUCUGAGAAUGCGUGGCAAUCGUUUAAGCGUGUCGGCAUUGUCAGCAUUGAGGGGUCUGAAAAUAUUGGAGGAGCUUGAUUUAUCGAAUAACUUGUUGCUAGGUCCUAUGGGGCCGAAUCUGCUUCCUCAGAUGCCGCGGUUACGUUUACUCACGGUGUCUGAAAACGAGCUGAUAAAUGUUCAGCAAGGAGCUCUAGUAGGAUUAAGAAACUUAACUUAUCUCAGCUUGAGCCACAAUCAGAUCGACGUGCUGGAAGAUCAUUCGUUCAAAUAUUUAUCGACCCUAACGAGGCUGGAUUUAGCAAAUAAUCGAAUCGUAGCGGUAUCCAGCUCUUCUCUGGCUCAUCUGGAAAAAUUAACCAUAUUGGAUUUGACCCAUAAUUUUCUGCGUUCUCUAACCGCUGACCUAGUGGUACCUUUAAAGAGUCUUCAAGAUCUUCGCCUUGACGAUAACGAUAUCACAAUGGUAUCCAGUGAUGUACCUACCUCGAAAUUGCGACUGAAAAGGCUCUCCUUAGCUGACAAUCCUUUGAACUGUGAUUGCACGCUGCUAGAAUUCGCCAACUGGUUAAGUAAUUCUAGUUUGAACGAGGAGGAUAAGUCUUCGGCUGUAUGUGCGACACCUCCUGCCUUGGAAAACGGUAUACUGACGCAAGUUUCUCCUGGCAGCUUGUUGUGCGGUGAACCAACACCACCGAUCAUGACCAGGGUACCUUUGGCCGGUGCUCAGUUAACAUUGAAAGAAUUUCAUUACGAUAAAUCUACCGGUGUCAAUCUUUUGUGGCACGUAGAACCAUGCACAGAGCGAUACACCUGCGACACCCUGAUUGUUUAUGAAACUGUAGGCGACAGCGAAGUCCAGACGGACUCCAGUUCUCUGCAUUGUGAUUCACGGAUGAUGAGAAAUCCCUGUUCGUUACCUGUGGCGAUACCGGCUUCGUUACAUUUACAACCGGGUCAUAAAUAUCGUUACUGUGUAGUACUACUUGUACCGAGCACUUAUGAAGAGGUUUCCUUAGGCUUGGGCUGCAGUGACGUGAUCACCCUUGAAGAAACUAAAAGAGAUUUACAGCAGGAUCAACAGACUACGAUAUCAAAGCCGCUGUCUUCAGCUUCGGAUACUAAGAUAACUGGGGUACAUGUUAAUGUAUCUGAUCAAGGUUUUCUACACGUCGACGUUAGUUUAUCAAACUCGAAGAAAUCGAAUAUACCUGAAUGCGAAUUGUCUGUUGUCGUCUUCGAUGCUGAAUCCGCGGUGCACAAACAGAAGCUGAAUUGUACGCUAACGUUUGUUACAUUGGCGGUAUUGUUGCCUGGUCGUUACAAAGUUUGCGCAAGUUUAGACGAAGUAAACGAGGAUGAUGUUAUCGCAAACUUUGUAGACGAUCGGGAUAGAUUACGCUGCGUCGAGGUACAAGGAUUCAAGCAAAAUACCGAGAUCAUUGUUUUAGCGAUCAUCGGGGCUGGUUGCGCUCUUCUAAUUACUCUUGCGGUGAUUGGUAGAAGCGUUAUAAAGAGAGUGAAACAUCCUAGAAUACAGACACAGUGCUUUUUACCUGCUCAGGAAUUUGAAAUAACUCAUAAAGCGCAUUAUAUUAAAUUACUAGCCACAACGAAGGUUUAACUUUUACAUGCCAUCAAAUAAUUAUCAAUGUUUCUUAUUUUGUAAAUAAU